AUGAAGCGUAGAGGGACAAACAGCAAGACGUGGCACACUCGACUUUCAGCUGGAGGAGCCAACAAAACCAACAUUCAGGGUCAAAUGAGCAGAGUGAACCAGCCAGAAGAAUACAGUGAUUUGUGUUCUGAUUCUCAAAAAUCUGUAACGUUCAGCAUCGCAUCGUCCGAGUAGCUCCGACCUAAUGCCUGCUCCGAGACUCUCUAGCUUCCGACCAUGGAACAGCCGUCUGAUGGCUCCCCAACGCCAAUCUCCACCAGAAGGCCAGUCAAAUUGAACUAUUCUUUUGAAGUAUUUGUCUUUCUUUCAGUUUUUGAUCAAUGGGAGCCUCCACCCGCUCCUCCUCCACUUCCGCCUUCUUCUCGAUUUAAAACGAUAAGAUACGAUUGUCUUCCUAACAAAGUAAAUCGUUCCACUCAUUCAGUAAUUAAUUUCUCUCACAGGAGUACUCACCGGAUGUACUUUACGACGAAAAAGGUCGACUUGUACCGAAAAAGGGAAUGUUUCUAAAUGCAAAGUAUUCGGACGUCGUUCAUCCAGUUGUCGAUGAAGCGAAAGUUCGUAAAACAGAAGAGAUGAUCAGAAGAAUAGUGCACCCGAGAAGACGUGACGAGCAUUAUCAGCAAAUGCCAAAUUACGGUAAGCAUCAAAUCUGUUCAACUUUCGGAUAACUUUCAAUUCAGAUCUACGCGAUAGAAUUCGUCGAGUAGUUUACGAUAUGGGCGUUCCCGGCGACUACCGUGCCGCUCCACAACACCAAUAUCAUCCUUCUGAAUAUCAUUCACAUAACACAAUGAACACAAUGCGUCGGAAUUCAUCACAACAUCAAAUGAGCCUUCGACAAAACGAGAUGUACGAGCAGCAAUAUGACAGACAAUCGGGACAAAGAAGAGAAGAAGAGGAAGGGCAGAACAACUACCCGUUCGAAAGAGAAGCUCCAAGGAAGAAACCGAGAGUGCGACAAGAAGAGCCGUUUUUCCAGAACGACCCCAGUCAACCUGAACCUUCCGGUCAAAAAGAAAGAAGUAUAGAAAAACGAAAGAAGCAGCCAGAAGAACCGAUCGAAGAGGACUCUAGCGACGAAGACACGUGCAUUCUUGAAAAGUCUCUGAAUUCCAGCGGGAGAAGUGUUUCCAAGAAAAAAGGUGAAAAGACUGUAAAGCUCCUCGUUUACUGAUGUCGUUUCAUUUCAGACGAUCGUGCGAGUUCUCAAGGUAACAGGACGGCUACGCCGAAGGAAGCGACGCCGAGUCCUCAAUACAUUCGAGACGAUGAUGACAACUGGCGGAACUCCAUUCCGUUCAUGAGCGAUCCGUCAGUGAGCUCCACUCCUUCCAACAAACUGAGUCAGACCUGAAUUCCAGAAAAGGAGCCGGCGCAGCAAUGUUUUCCCGCAUUGGAUCCGCGAUUCCGACGUUGCCGUUGAAAGACAACACACACAACAGCUAUUCGAAAGUCGCAAUCAUGCUUCUCAACAAGAGUAUCAAGAAUAUAGUGAGUUAGUACUCCAGAAAAUAUUGCGAUUGCUUAUUCCAGAAUGCACCACCAUCGACUGAUCGACCGCCAGAAAAGCGAGAAACACUUCAGACUCAGCUGAUGAACAUGAGCACUUCGUGGGUCCGUCCGGUCAAUCAGACUGCUGACGUGGCAGAAGAGAGAACGAAGAAACCACACGUGUCUCUGAUCAGCGAGAUAUCGAAGAUUCAGAAUCCGCAGAACGCGACCAAAGCGCAAAUCGACGAUUCUCUCUUUAGAAAUUCGCGAGUGUUCAUGGCUAAAGCAUUCGGCCAUCAAGUGAAAUUGAGAAAGGAAAAGAAGGCGAUGCCCCUGCCACGUUUCCAAUCUUCGCCGAUCAGCAACGACGUCUUCCGAUCGGUCGAUGGAGUCACAAUGCCGAGUUCGAUUCGAAAAGACGGUGAACAACCGUUUCAAGAGGAUUCUGAUGAAGAACCGACAACGAGACAACUGGACGUGGACGACUACAUUGCUCAGGGAGCAUCGCAAAUCGUUUUCUCGCAAACUCCGAGAGCUGACCCUUCCAGUUCUUCUCAGCGAGUGAAGCAAGAUACCUUACUGACUAGUCAUCUGAAUACAUCGCAAAAACAGUCUCAAUCUCGAAAUCACUCAUUUAAUCGGUCGAAACAAUCAAUUGAAACAGUCGCAGAAACAUCUUCGAAAGCGGAUGUUUCAUCUUCCGCUUGCGCUUCAAAGUCGAAAUGUCGGUUUAAUUCUUAGACUUUUAUCUUAAUUUGAAAAAUUUCAGCCGAACGAUCAUCUAUGCACCUCAACAGUCAAUUUAUGUUCAGCUCUUCCAGCAAAAAGAAAAAGUCGAAAACUGAUCCGAUUCUGGAAUUCGACGCAGACAUUCAGAAGAUGUUCGACGAGGUGUACGACAACGAAAAAAAGAACGAAGAAGCCGCCGCAAUUCGUGAAAAGAACAAAGAGAAAUACUCGUUUUGA